AUGUUCAAUAUUUCCGUUUCUUCAACAAAUGAUUUUCUCUCCGAUGACUAUCGCUGUCAAACAGCUGCUUAUUUCAAAGACAAGCAAAUCUGUUCUUUGUUUACUGAAAUUUGUCAAAAAGAUUCGAUUAAACCGACGGAUAAUAUCACUGCAACUGUUAUUUGCUGUAAGCAAAAUCCUAAACUUCUUCCGACAUGUGCUUCAACUACAACACCACAACCCGUGUUCGAGCCAGCUAGUUUGUGGUCGUUUGAUAAUAAUACAAAUGACAGUAUUUCAAAUUAUCAUGGAGUACUGAGUGGUUCGCCGAUCUAUCGCAGCCCAGGUCUAAAUGGGUAUGGUUCUGCCUUAUGGUUUGAUGCAGCCAAUAACCAAUUUGUUAAUGUCCCGACAUACAGAAAUCUCUCUUACAGAAGUUUUACGGUGCAAAUGUGGUUCUAUAGUACCGACACGUCUAGUUAUACGUGUGGACUCUUUGGACAGUGUCAUGCUGCAAAUGCAGAUGAGUCAUUACAUUAUGUACUUCGAAAUGGUUCACCUCGACUGAGUUUUUACUCUGAUGAUCUUCAAAGUUCAACUAUUAUUCAGAUAAAUACUUGGUAUCAUAUUACUUUUGUAUACAAUUAUUCAUCAUUUACACAAUCUAUUUAUCGAGAUGGAAUGCUUGAUUGCAAUCGAACAUCGAACAACCCUUAUCAAGGUAUGUCAGGUUCGAUUGUUAUUGGAAAAACCGAACAAAAACCUGGUACUCCGUGGUACUUUUCUGGUGCCAUUGACGAAGUAUUAUUGAGUAUGAAAGCAAAAACUGCCAGCGAAAUAUUGGAUGAUGCUACGUUAGUUACAUAUCAUUCAUUUGAUUCCCAAUCAUACUAUGAUGCAAGUUCACUACGACUCAAAGGAACUUAUGCCAAUGUCACAUUCUCCAUUGGAAAAAUAAAUCAUGCUAUCAAUUUUCAAUCAAACUCGUCUUUUUACGAAAUUGAUGGUUUUUUCCUGCUUGGGUACACUAACAGAUCAUAUUCGAUUUCUCUGUGGAUUUGCCCAUCGUUUAUUCAAGGAUCGAUCCUUAUUCAGCAAUCAACAACAACCAGUGGACAAGAUUGGUGUAGUUAUUUACUUGGAUUUUCUCCCCAGGGACAAAUUAUCGCUACUAUUUGGGCCGGUUCAUUAGUAGAAAUUGCUGGUUCGAUUUUACCAAGCAACGUUUGGUCGCACAUCGCUUAUACUUAUUCAUCAAAUAAUGGGCUACGAUUGUAUGUCAAUGGAACAUUGAUGAACACGACAGGCUCUGGUUUACAGUAUAUGUGUUCGGGUAAACUCAACACAUUGGUAUUAGCCAAUGCUGUAGGAAACCGUAGCUCAUGUUAUUCACAAUCAAUCGUUUCGGAUCCGUACAGUGGAUCUUUGGAUGAACUUCGUAUUUACUCACGAGAGCUCGCCACUGAUGACAUUUACGUACUUUCCCAUCCAUAG